CCUAGUUUUUGCCCCAAAAGCAAAGCCUCCUCUUCUUCUUCUUCUAGCGUGACUGUGCUGCAACCCAUCAUGGGAACACAUGUUGAAAGCUUUUGGAUCUUCGCUUUGGUUUCCAAAUGCGAAGCUCUUUCUCUGGCCAGCAUUGCAUGGGUCGUUUUCUUUGCUUGGUUUCUGAUGAGCUUGAUUUUCUGGGCUUACCCUGGUGGCCCCGCUUGGGGGAAGUACAGGUGGAGGAAAGCUUCUCCGUCGGCUUCCAUGGGUAAGCCGAUACCGGGUCCAAGAGGUUUUCCGGUGGUUGGGAGUAUGAAGCUUAUGGCCAGCCUUGCCCACCACCGGAUUGCUGCGGCGGCGGAGGCCUGUGGAGCCAAGCGGCUUAUGGCUUUCAGCCUGGGCGAGACUCGGGUUAUCGUUACCUGCAAUCCUGAUGUUGCGAAAGACAUUCUGAACAGCUCCGUGUUUGCUGAUCGUCCGGUGAAGGAGUCGGCUUACAGUCUGAUGUUCAACAGAGCAAUUGGGUUCGCUGCCUACGGAGUUUACUGGCGAACCCUCCGGAGGAUCGCUGCCACGCAUCUCUUCUGCCCGAAACAGAUCAAAGCCUCGGAGGCUCAGCGAGCGGAGAUCGCCGCUGAAAUGGCGGCAAUGUUUGGAGAAAACACAGAGCCUUUCCACGUCCGAGACGUCCUGAAACGGGCUUCACUCAGCAGCAUGAUGUGCUCUGUUUUUGGACGAAAAUACCAGCUCGAUUCCUCCAACAACGAAGCUCACGAACUCAGGACUCUUGUCGAAGAAGGCUACGACCUCUUGGGCACUCUCAACUGGUCCGACCACCUUCCCUUUCUCGGAGACUUUGACCCACAAAAGAUCCGCAUGAGAUGCUCCAACCUUGUCCCCAAAGUCAACCGCUUCGUUACCAGAAUCAUCGCUGAACACCGUGCCCGAACCACUGAAAAAAUCCGAGAUUUCGUUGAUGUUUUGCUCUCCCUUCAAGGGCCUGAUAAAUUAUCCGACUCCGAUAUGAUCGCCGUCCUUUGGGAAAUGAUAUUUAGGGGGACUGAUACAGUGGCGGUUUUGAUCGAGUGGAUACUCGCGAGGUUGGUGCUCCACCCCGACGUCCAAUCACGAGUCCACGACGAGCUCGACAGGGUCGUCGGAGAGUCACGCGCUGUCGCCGAGUCUGAUAUCACGGCCAUGGAGUACCUCCCCGCGGUGGUGAAAGAGGUUAUCAGGCUGCACCCUCCUGGUCCACUCCUCUCGUGGGCUCGAUUGGCUACAACUGAUACAACCGUUGAUGGGCAUCACGUGCCAGCUGGGACUACAGCCAUGGUCAAUAUGUGGGCCAUCACCCGGGACCCGAACGUGUGGUCAGACCCACUCGAAUUUAAGCCCGAUAGGUUCUCUGGAAUGGGAGCUGACACCGAUAUAUCUGUAUUCGGUUCUGAUCUUCGACUCGCCCCGUUUGGAUCGGGCCGCAGGGUCUGCCCUGGAAAGACUCUUGGGUUGACCACGGUCACCUUUUGGGUAGCCUCGCUUUUGCACGAGUUUGAAUGGAAGCCGUUGGAUGGGAAUAAUAACGUUGACCUGUCGGAAGUUCUGAAGCUGUCGUGUGAGAUGGAGAAGCCCCUCACCGUCAAAGUGCACCGUAGGCGUAGUACCUCAUCCCCAUAAAUAAAUAAAUAAAAUCAAAUCAAAUAGCCCAAAAACUAUAAGAAAAAAGAAUGAAAAAAGAAGUAAAAGAAUUGUUAAAUCUCAACCGUUUAUCCACCCUCUAUAUAUAUACCGUGUUGCUAUGCUUGGGCUCUGUUUGGGUGUCAUGUUUUGUUUUGACAAGUUUAGAAUCAAGGCCUUUUAUUUUAUUGAACUUCCUAAACCGUUGUAUAUAUUCGGAGUGAAGUAAUACCAUUAAGGGCAAGUUCCAAGUUUCUAUCU